GUCCGUUUUAGUCAAAACAUGACCGGAAAAAAUCCCAAAAAACGAAGAGAAAAGAUGCAGAAAUCGUUCUCGUUGAUCCAAACGGUGGCAAUCUCCGGCGUUUUCUCGGCCGUCUCUUGCUGGUAUGGAUUCGUGUUCGGUAGAGAAUCGGCGAGAAAAGAGCUCGGUGGUUUGAUCGAAGAACUCCGUAGCAGCGGUGGAGGUUCUGACUCUGCUUCUCCUCCUCAUUCUUGAGUUAGGUCCUUUUUGAUUUCCAGAAUGUUCCUUUUGCACUCUUGGUUGAGUAAUUUUUGUGUAAACUAUUUGGGGAUCUCGGAUUUCAAAUUCAAAUAAGAAAAAAGAUUACAAUCAA